ACUCGCUGGCGCCCAAGUGGGAGGGCAGCAGCUGCCCGCUCCCUCCUCCCACACCCCCGCUACCUGCCCAGUCCCCCGACGCGGAGCGGGAGGCGGCUGCGAGCCAGCCGGGCCGAGCCCACAACUUUGCAGCCUCGGGGAGGGUGAGAGCCGACGGCGUCCGGGGCUCUCCAGUGGUCGGCGAUCAGAGCUCGGAAUGUAAUCGAGGAUGCUGGCCCUGCGGCUGCUCAACGUGGUGGCCCCUGCCUACUUCCUGUGCAUCUCCCUGGUGACCUUCGUCCUGCAGCUCUUCCUCUUCCUGCCCAGCAUGCGGGAGGACCCCGCCGCUGCCCACCUCUUCUCGCCCGCCCUGCUCCAUGGGGCGCUCUUCCUAUUCCUCUCUGCCAACGCCUUGGGCAAUUAUGUCCUGGUCAUCCAGAACUCUCCGGAUGACCUGAGCACCUUCCAGGGGACCUCAUCCAGGAGGGCUCAGUGUCCCCCGCCCAGCACCCACUUCUGCCGAGUGUGCGCCCGGGUCACACUAAGGCACGACCACCAUUGCUUCUUCACCGGCAACUGCAUCGGCAGUAGGAACAUGCGCAACUUCGUCCUGUUCUGUCUCUACACCUCCCUAGCCUGCCUCUACUCCAUGGUGGCUGGCGUGGCCUACAUCUCCGCCGUCCUCUCCAUCUCCUUCGCCCAUCCCCUGGCCUUCCUCACGCUCCUGCCCACCUCCAUCAGCCAGUUCUUCUCCGGCGCUGUCCUUGGUUCUGAAAUGUUCGUCAUCCUCAUGCUCUACCUCUGGUUUGCUGUGGGCCUGGCCUGUGCUGGCUUCUGCUGUCACCAGCUGCUGCUGAUCCUCCGAGGGCAGACUCGCCACCAGGCUCGAAAGGGGAUGGCUGUCAGUGCCCGGCCUUGGCGCAAGAAUUUACAAGAGGUCUUUGGAAAGAGAUGGCUGCUGGGCCUGCUGGUCCCCAUGUUCAAUGUUGGAAGCGAGAGCUCUAAGCAGCAGGACAAGUAG